GUAAGAAGAAUGUUUGGUCUCUUCAUGAUUCUCAUUGCAAGAUAUCACACGUGGAAAUAGAGCAAUUAAUAACACACUCGAUUUACACUAAUCUCAGCUGGAUACUCAGUAUCAGUAAGCAUACAAAAACAUAUGAUAUGUAAAUAAUCCGUUGGUCAUAUCUUCUUAUGUGGUUGUCACAGCAUAGAUCAACGUAAAAACGUGUUGACAAUUGUGGCGUGUGGUUGAUGACGCCAUCAGCAUGCGCCAGCAGAGGGGCGGUUCGUGACAGCUUUAAAGGGAUAGUUAGCGCAAUGUUACUUGCGAUCACAAAUAGUCGGCAUUGUUGUUCUACAAACGUCAUCUGUAGAAAUGACUAGGUUUUGCAUGAAGUAACUGAAUGGGACGUCAGAAUUGAUGAUGUCAAAGCUGUCUUUGGGAGGAAAGCAGUCCUCUGGAAAAAUAAACAGCUGGGUGGAACCAUCAUUUGGUGAACUUUUGGGAGGAGCGAACACGAACAGGUCCCUGAAAAAGGCGCCACUCUCAGGGGAAAGCAAAACUACCCGGUGGCCAUCUACUGGGGACCAAGCAGAGAAAAAAUCCAAGAAGAGGAAAGUAGAUCCUCAUGUGUCCAGCAACCAGAUCAGUGUGUCAAGUGAAGCAUAUAAACCAGACCAGGAUGAGCCCUGGGUGGAUAUGUAUGCUCCCGAAUCACAGGCCGAAUUGGCAGUCCACAAAAAGAAAGUUGAAGAAGUUGAAAGCUGGCUGAGAGUUAAUUUGGACGAAUCAAAAAAGGGUGGCGCCAUUCUGUUGCUCACUGGCCCCUCAGGAUGUGGGAAGACAGCAACUGUUCAAGUCCUUGCCAAGGAUUUGGGUUUUCAGAUCCAAGAGUGGUCAAAUCCCUCCACCACCUCUCAGUACAAAACGGAGGAUUUGUUCACACAAAGCUUUGAUCCAGAUUCAAGGUUUAACCGUUUCCAUGGCAGCUCACAAACAGGGUUAUUCCAAGAGUACCUGCUACGAGCCAACAAAUACAACCGUCUACAAAUGAGCGGAGAGAAAGUGACUGAAGACAGGAAAAUCAUUCUUAUAGAGGAAUUUCCAAACCAGUUCUAUAGGCAACCAGGGUGCUUGCAUGAUAUACUCAGGCAAUUUAUUAAGACGGGCCGGUGCCCACUGGUCCUGAUUGUGUCUGAUAGUCUCAGCGGGGACAAGAACUCCAGACUUCUCUUUAAAGAUGUUCUGCAUGAACUUGAAAUUCACAACAUUAGUUUUAACCCUGUGGCCCCCACCAGUAUGAUGAAGGUCCUAAGCCGCAUUGUAACUAUUGAGGCAGGAAAGAGUUCUGGCAGGAUCUCGGUUCCUGAUAAAGGUGCUUUAGAUCUUCUUUGCUCAGGAAGUUCAGGAGAUAUUCGCUGUGCCAUCAACAACUUGCAGUUUUCUUCAUUUACUGACAAUUGUCUAGAGAGAAGACUCUGGGCUUCCAAGAAGGACAAAUCUGCAGCAAAACCCACCGUAAGGACAAAGGGGAGGAGCAAGUCUUCAAAAUCAACAGACAUGCUGGAUGAAAGCCCUGCUAUUGGAGGGAAAGAUGCUUCACUUUUCCUGUUCAGAGCUUUAGGGAAAAUCCUCUACUGCAAACGUGAAAGCUAUGAAAGCACUCAAGCACCCAAGCUGCCUCCACAUUUAACAGAUCAUCAAAGGGACAAACUACUUGUUGAUCCAGAACUUGUCAUUGAACGUUCCCAUAUGUCUGGUGAAUUCUUCAACCUCUACCUGCACCAGAACUACCCUGACUUCUUUUCGGAUGUAGAGGAUAUAGCAUGAGCCAGCGAGUACCUCUCUGAUGCAGACUUCCUGACAGCAGAGUGGAGCUCAAGGUCGACCAUGUUGGAAUAUGGCUCAUCAGUGGCCACUAGAGGCCUCCUGCACUCAAACUCCUCUCGAGCACAAGCCAGCAGCCAGUCCACUGCCGGAUUCAGGCCUCUUCAUAAACCACAUUGGCUACACAUAAACAAGAUGUAUCGAGAGAAUUACCUGACCGCACAGUCACUCUUCUUAAAUUUCUGCCUUACUCCUGUGAGCCUCCUGACAGAACUGGUGCCUUAUCUUGCAAAGCUCACCAACCCAAUGAGAAAUAAAGCUCAAAUAGCCUUCAUCCAGAAUGUUGGCCAGCUUUCUCAAAAGAGGGUUCCUGGAAGGCUGAGACUUGAAGCACUUAAUGACAAAGACCCUGGCAUUCUGGAUGCUGACAGUGAAAAUGAAGAUUCUUCUGCUGCUCAGUCCCUUGACCCAGAAUCCGCACCAGGAAAUGCCACAGCUGAGCCCAACUUGCCAAACAGCCAGGAUCCUUCUGGGGAACUUUCUGCCAGCCAGCCUCAGCCCACAAGCACUGAAGCCCUUUUGAAUGAGGAAGACCUGUUAAUUGAGGAAUAUGACAGUGAUUGACUGAUCACAUGCCAUGGGCAUAUUUAAUAUCACUUGCCCUGAUGCAAUUGUUGUACCUUUAGGUCAUAGUUUUUUGUUUUUUAAAGAUGGUAAUUAUUAGUAGAUAUUUAUGUGCUUCGACACAGUAUGCUGCUGUAGAGAAUUGUUCAUAUGUUCUUACUUGUGUUGAAAUGUACGUGUUCUGUACACAGUUUCAGUGAGGAUAUUAAUGAAAGUAUUUCUAAAAAAAAGAACAAAGUAUGACAAUUUACAGCCACGAUUAAAGUUUUAUGUUGUCACGGUGAAACAUAAUGCUCUGGGACUGAGAAGUAGACAACCUACACUUCAGUCAAGGUCGUGACUGCAAUAAAUCAAUGUUUGCAACUUUGAUGGCUGUUUUGUUAUUUAUUUAUUGAGAAAAAUCUCUGAAUCCAUAUUUGUUACUGUCGCUGGGGGACUGAAGAUACAACAGGGAGUCUGUGGAAAGGUAUAUAUCAUAUAUUUGUUAUUG